AAUAGCGUAUUUUUUAAACCCUAAACCCUGGAAAGAAAUGUAUUUUUUAAAACCUAAACCCUAGUAAGAAAGUGAAAACCGUUUAGAGAAUAAAGGAAAAAAGAACUCACAUCCAAUCUUCGAAUGGCGAAUAACAGAUCAACUUCCAUGAAAUUCGAAUCUGGAUUAUCUCUUAUAUCCGACAAAGCCACCCUCAAUCAAAAUCAGUUCUUUGUGUGGAGAGAGUUCUUAUGGGGAGCAAUAGCUGGAGCUUUCGGAGAGGAUAUGAUGCAUCCCAUUGAUACCAUAAAGACAAGAAUUCAAAGUCAAGCUCUUCUUACUGGAAGUCGGCAGAGUCAAAAGAGUAUAGUGCAGAUGGUUAGAACUGUUUGGGUUGCAGAUGGCAUAAGAGGUUUCUAUAGGGGUAUAGCUCCUGGAAUUACUGGAUCUCUUGCAACUGGAGCAACAUACUUUGGUUUAAUAGAGUCCUCUAAAAAAUGGAUUGAAAAAUCACAUCCUAAUCUUGGGAGUCACUGGACUCAUUUUAUAGCUGGUGCUGUUGGUGAUACACUUGGUUCUUUUGUAUAUGUUCCAUGUGAAGUGAUGAAGCAACGCAUGCAGAUUCAAGGCUCUAGAACAUCUUGGAAUUCUGCUAUCAUGAAAGACAAAAUGCAAAUGAAAUCUGGCGCACAAAUGUAUGGUUAUUACACAGGAAUGUUCCAAGCUGCCCGUUCAAUAUGGAAAGAGCAAGGGCUAAAAGGAUUAUAUGCCGGAUACUGGUCCACAAUUGCAAGGGAUGUGCCAUUUGCUGGUCUUAUGGUUAUGUUCUAUGAAGGCCUGAAAGAUGAGACAGAGAAAGUGAGGCGAAAGUGGGCUCCUAAUUUCCAUAUUGAUAGUACCAUGGAGGGACUUGUAUUAGGAGGAUUGGCUGGUGGGUUUAGUGCAUACCUUACAACUCCUUUGGAUGUAAUCAAAACAAGAUUACAAGUUCAGGGAUCAUCCACAAGCUACAAUGGCUGGCUGGAUGCGAUGAGUAAAAUCUGGAAGACUGAAGGUGUGAAGGGAAUGUUCAGAGGAAGCAUCCCGCGUAUCACAUGGUACAUUCCAGCCUCUGCUCUUACAUUCAUGGCUGUUGAAUUCCUAAGAGAUCAAUUCAAUGAAAAACUGGACAAUUACAAUGUGCAUGAAGUUGCAAACUUAUCGAUAGAGAAACCUAAAUCUUCUUUGAAGAGGUAGCUUGAUGAAUUUCAUUUUUUAGCUCAAUGCUCGGGUUGUGAAGAUGGGACACUUACCACACAAGAAGCCUACAGUAUGUUAAACAUUGUCAAUUAUAAUUUUUUUUUUUAAUGAAGCCAACAGAGAACUCAAACACACAUUCAAAAGAAGAUCUUGCUU